AAUAGCAAUUUUCAUCGUUGAACUCGUUAGGCCGUUACUUAUUACCGUUGCCUAUAGAUGUGUUUUCAUUUGCUAGAUUAUUCGAGGGACAAAUACAAUUAUCACUGACUUUUAGUACAUAAAACACUGGAAGUAAACACAAUUAUCAUUUGACUUUGUUUUUCUCUGAUGAAAUAAAUAGACCAGAUGCUUCUUUAUUAAAGACCGAUACACAAUUUCAAUAUGAAUUGUCCAUUUCUUGCAUAAAGACACAUGUAAAGUUUAUUCCUUCGAAAGUUCAAACCUUAAAAUCACGAACGUGUACAUUAUUCUUGAUAAAUGUGACCAACAAAUUUUAAGAGUUCGAGUUAUCGGUAAUAAUGAAAGUAACUGUGUGCUUUGACGAUGUUAAAGUUGUUGUCCCAUGUGGAAACGGGAGCAUUCUGAUUCGAGAGCUAGCUGAAAUGGCUCUUUUAAGGUUCCAGAAAUCCACUUCCUCUUUGCUUCAUACAAAAUGUUGCAUAGAUCAGAAUGUCACAUUAUGUACAGGGAGUCAAACAAAGUCACCAGAAAAACGAAAGCAAGAGAACUACAAUCUAGAUCAACAACAACAACGCAGUCAAAUAAUACCGAAAGAAUUAGAUCAGUCAGACAAUGAUUCUCAUCUAAAAACAGAUAAUCAAAAAAAUGUAUCAUGGAAACUGAAUAUUGAUAGUGAUUAUGAAGUAGAUUCGUUAGCGUUAGCUCGUGAUGGUGGUAUACUGGAUUGGAUGAUCGUGUUGUUGAUGUGUUAGAUGAUCGUGAACUGUUAAUUGUUAAUUUUCGCAAGAAAACUUCAUUAGCCUCAUCAUCAAUUGCACCAAUAACAGUAACAAUACAAAAAGAAUUACAAGAAUCAAGUUAUAAUCAUCAAAAAAUUUACAAAAUGAUUUUUCUCUUAGUAACAUUAAUGAUUCUUCAUUAACUACAAUUGGUUUAAAUCAAGUCAAAUUUAAUUAUCCUUUUAGUAAUGAUAAAAUUGAAAGGAAUCAAAUGAAUAAACACAUUACAACAAUACCUAUUUGCUCUUCUUCAUAUAAUCAAACUUCAAUAAACAUAUCAUCGUCGACUUUAUUAUCAUCAUCUUUAGCUUCUUGUUCACCUUCAAUGACUGGUAGAAUUAUAUGCGAUACCGGCGUAACAUACGUUCAGUUACCAUAUCCACAACGUGAGGAAAAACAACCAUUUCCAAUACUUUCUUCAAUAUCAUCAAUAGAAACAUCAUUACCAUCAUAUUCACAGCCAACUAAACCUCCACAUCGUCAUCCUAUAUUGUCUGCAUUAUCAGAAAGAAUAUGUUUAGAAGGAGAAUCUUGUGAUUGUUUUUUACUAAGAAAAAAUGAUAUGAACAAUAAACAAGCAAUGUUGACUAAAGAUAAUGAAUUUAGAAUCAAUCAAACAAAUCAAGAUCAAAAUAUCCCGCCUACAGUUCAUUGUCCACAUAGUGAACAUCCUGUUACAACAUUAAUUGGUGGAUUAGAAUAUGAAUUAUAUAGUACAAAAACAUCAGCUGCAUUUAGACCACCUACAAAUACAUCAUCUAUCAUUACUAAACCAACAUUUAAUACUAAACAAACAUCUGUAUCUAUAACAUCUCCAUUAAUUCAUCGAUUGAAUAAACCUACUCCUGUUGAUCCUCCACUUCUUCACCAUCAUCAUCAUCAUCAUCAACAUCAUCAUCAACAUCAUGAUACUUCUUUAUUAAAAACAUCACUUUCAUUACCUCCAUUAGCUCAACCAUGUAAUGUAAAUGCAAUAGAGAACAUAAAUCGAUCCUUGGUUACAAAUCAUUUACAACAAAUGAAUUUAUCAAAAUUGAAAACGUUAACAGAUAAUAAUGAUGUUCAUGAUGAAAAUUACAAUGCAACUAACAUUAAUUUAAAGCAAAAUAAAUAUCAAUUUUAUGAACAGAUUGAUGAUAAUCAGUAUGAACGGAAUGUAACUAAUUAUCAUGGCACUCCUCCGAAUGUUGCAAACCUACUUGGAAGUUAUUCACCCCAAUCACUUGUAGAUCGGAAUGAAUAUGUUAAUAUGCCACAAUCAAAAUUAAAUAAUGAUCAAUUAUCAAUGACAACAAAUGCAUUUCCUACUUAUAUGAUACUUCCAUCAUCCGUUUCAUCAUUAAAUGAUUAUUUAAUAUCAAUUCCUAAUUCAUUAUCAUCAUUAUCAUCAACUGCAUUGAAUAAAACCGAUAUUAGUAUUAUAAAUAAUGUUAAUAAUGAUGAUUUAUUAAUGGAUACAUCAUUUUUAUCAACAGUACCUGAAGAAGAUUUAGAUAUAGGUGAUAUAACUAGUUCGAAUAAAACAACACCACAACAAAGUCCUUGUAAAAAAGUUUAUUCAAUGAAACAAAUCAAUAAUAAUUUGUUAGAAUCAAUUCAGAAUAAUAAUAGUAAUUCUGAAGAUCUUCAUGAUAUUGUCCAUCAUAGUUCACCAAAGUCUUUAUCACCAGUCACUAUAUUACACACUGCACAAUCACUUCAUAAUAAAGAAACUGAAUUGUACAGUAAUUCAUCUAGUCAAAUAUGCUCUGAUGAAAAUGUUGAAUUACAAUCAUUAUCACCAUCAUCAUCGUCAUCACCACCACCACAACCACCAGUGUUAUCAAAAUUAUCUCGAAAUUCUCCAUCUCAGUCUCAAGAAGUUUCAGAAAGUUAUUGUGCUCGUCCUAAUAGAAAACAAAAACGUUAUCGAAAUUCCAGAGCACCAGCACCCCCUACACCAACAACAAUAAGCACAACUGUAACAACUUCACCUUCUGCUAUUUCCAUACCUCUUAAUAUGUCAAUAAAUCAAUCAGUCAUAGAACCACCACCUCCACCCCGUCGAUCAAUACAAAAGAAUCCUGAUACACCACAUACUAGUGAUUCAGAUACAGACGACAGAGAUUAUAAGAACUUAAUGAAAUCUCGACAAAUUCACCAAGUUUCAGAUAAAUCCCCAUCAAGUCCUAAUUCCAUGAAUAAAGAAGAAGAAGAAGAACAAUUAAAAGAUGAUAAUUCAAAUUGUGCUUCCAGAUUAAAUCAUCCAUGUCAACAUACAAGACAACAACAUACAAUCAUAAAUAAUGAUAAAUUACAUCCAAAUCAUUUGAAUCAAUUAAUUACAUCCAUAGAAACAACCAUAGCUACUAUGAAUUUUGAACAAAAUUCAAAUAUCAAUUGUAUAUGCUCAUAUUGUAAUGAUAUAAAACAGACUAAUCAAUUCCAUCGAUCAGAUUUGAAUCAAUCAAUCAUACGUAAACCAACUCCACCGAAACGAUCACCUAAAACUAUUUUAACCAGCCUUAAUACAUCUCCUAAAUCAGAAGAACGUGAAAAUCAUAAAGUCCAAAUGAAUUCAGUUCAAAGUUCCAAUCAGUUAGCAAAUAUUACGGAUCCUAUAAACUGUGAAUCCAGAGUAAUCUGUGACCAUAAAAUUGAUGAUGACUGUUACAAUGAAGAUUCCAGGGAACAAACACACCGUACUAUGACUACUACUAGAAAUGGUAGUCAUAGUAGUCAUGAAGGAAGUGAACAAAAUGAGAAGCAAUAUCCUAUGUAUGAUAGCAAUAAUAAUGGUAAUAAUAAAAAACAAUCCGAUUUAAUUAUACCAGAUAACAUUGGUCAAGAUAAUGAGGCGAUCAAGUGUUGUGUAUGCGAUUCAUUGCAUCAAAUAGAUGCUGAGGCUGAAAUUCUUCAUAUGACUGAAUUAUUAUCGAAACGUCGUGAAUCUGAAGCUAGACGUCAAUUAUUAUUAGCUGAGAUGGAGGCUGGAAUAGAACGAGAUGAUCGUUUACGAGUCGCUGCAAAUGCUAUGGCAUUGGCGGUGUCACCAAUGACAAGUGAUAUUACAUGUAAUAUGGAUAAAUCAGGAUUAUGUAAUGUAUCAAAUUGUAUACACUAUAAUUAUUGUUUACGUCAUCAUCAUCAUCAUGAUCAUCAACAACAAAUCCAUACUAAUAAUGUUUGUAAUGUACAACAACAUGUUGCACUAAAUCCACCACAUUUACAUUCUAUAGAUCACAGAAAUAUAGAUAAUGAAUUGAUACCGCCGAUAACAUGUUGUUGUACAUCGGAUUGUAUCAGAGAAGAAGAUAUAUUGAUUACAUUACGAAAAUCUUCAUGUGGUUUAGGAUUUAGUUUAACCACAAAACUUAUUCAUCCUAAAUCAACAUUGAAUUCAUCAAUGAAUGAAUCGUUAUUUGCUGUAUAUGUGAAAAAUAUUUUACCUGAUGGUUCAGCUAUAAAAGAUGGACAAUUACGUGUUGGUGAUCGACUGAUACAAAUUGAUAAUUUAGAUGUAAUUGGUAAAUCACAAGCACAAAUUGUGGCCAUAUUACGAAUUAAACCAGUUGGUAGUAUUGUUCAUUUAUUAGUACGUCGUCAAGUACAUCAAUGUCAAUUAAAUACAAAUGAUUGUUUAACAUGUCAUUUAUUAUUAAAUUCAACCUAUCAAUGUCCAAAUUUAUUAAAUACACCAAUGAAUCAAAUAACAAAUCAUUUACCUUGUGAGAAAUUAUCUAAUUGGUUUGAUACACGUAAAUGUUCAUCACCACCAUUACAAAUGACAUUAUAUUAUGAUGGAUUAACUAAUUUAGAACGUGUUUAUCAUCCAAACUAUCCACUUUAUCCAGAUGUGAUACUACUUCGUUUACAUAUUCCACUUAUUCCUAUCAAUGAAGAGAAUAUAGAUCAUCUUAAAAAUUCUAAAACUUGUUUAGAUACUACUACUAAUACUACUAAUACUACUAUUACUAAUAGUAAUAAUAAUAGUAAUAGUAAUAACCCAUUAACUACAACAAGUUUACGUCAAAUGCGUCUUGGUGUUAGUGUACGUGAAUCUAAUUCGUCAAGAGCAAGUAAAUUAAAUGAAUUAUCACAGAAUACAAUUAAAUUAAAAACAAAUAUAAAUAAAAAUAAUGAUAAAAUAAAUCAUAUCAAUUCAUUAACUGAUACAUCAUAUAUUGCUGAUUCUAUAUAUGGUGGUGUAAUAGUGAAAUGUGUCAUAGAAGGUGGAGCUGCACAUAAAGACGGUCGACUUCAAAUCGGUGAUGAAUUGUUGGAGAUUAAUGGAGUUGUUUUAGUCAAUGCAAACAAUCCAUUAAGUUUAUUACGUUCUGUUCUACGAAAAUUAUCUAAUACAACUGUAAAUGACAAUAAAAAUUGUGAUGAUGAUGAUGAUAAUAAUAUGACUACAACUUCAACAAGUGUAACCGAUAGAACAACCACGACAAUAACAACAUCAACAACUGCUUAUAGUUCUGUUGCUACUACUGCUACUACUACUAUUACUACUAGUACUAAAAGCAAUAUUAAUUCUAUAACACCUUCACCUACUAAGAAAAAUGAUCAGAAUACAACUUCUAAAUCUACCUUUGAUAAAGACGACUCAAUGAAAAUGUUAGAUACAAUUCAACCAAAAGUGGUAGAUUUAUUGAUAGCUCGAUUAACAAGGCAUCGAAGAUCUGCAUCUGGACACACUCUUGCAUCGAACUCCGAGUUUAGUUCAGAAACUUCGACGUCAAGCACUGUACUAACUGCUACACCAAAGUUUUUACCACCUGUCAAUAAUAAAACUAGUCCUGAAUCAUCAUGUAUUAGUCAAGAACAAUCCAUAGACCAUCCUCAUGGUAGUCAUCAACAUCACCAACAUCGCCAUCACCAUCAUCAUCGGCACCAUCGUCAUUUGUCUCAACCACAACAAAAAUGUUACUGUCCAAAUCCUUUGACAACUUCAUCUUCAUUAUCAUCAUCACCUUCAUCACUUACAACAAAUCCUACUGAGAGUGAAACACAUGUUACUACAAUCAAUGCUAAUGACAUACAAAACAUGAAUAAUAACGCUAAAAAUAACGAAACAGCAAAAAUUAAAGCAGAAAUACAUUCAGUCAAAGUGGAACAGGAAGAUAAUGCUACUGAUGAUGAUAUUAUCACUACUACUAAAACGACUCUUAGAGAUGACUUUGCCACCUAAAAUGAUUAAAUUAUAGUUACACAGAUUCCUGUAAAACAAUUAAGAAAAAUGAAUAAAAAUUAGUUUUCUAAAGGUACUUUUACUUCUAUACAUUAGAGAAUUAAUCAUUUAUGUGAAUUAUUAUUGAAAACUACCUCAAUCUCAUUAUUAUUACAUCAUUAUUACUAUUAUUAAUACUACUACCAUUAUUCAGUAGUUUGUCGUUUUUUAGCUGAAAUACAAAAACCGCUCAAAUUUACAUUUGUAAACAACGACAAUAUCAAUAAUAAUAAUAAUCUUAUGCUACAUUCCCUCUCUUGCCUCGUAAGGAAACAAACUCUGUCCUCAGAGCUAGCGAGAGAAAGUGAGAGAAAGAGUGAGAGAGAUCAAGUGAGGGUGUGAGUGAGUGAGUGAGGGAGUGA